CCCGGCGCGGCCUGCACGUCGGCGGCGGCGCGCGCACGGAGCCGCGGCGGGGCCGCCGCGGGGCUCGGCCGGGACCGCGCAUGGCGGAGCGGCGGCGGCGGCGGGGCCCGGGCAGCGGCGCGGCGAGAGGGUGGGAGUAAGAAUGAAAAUAAUCAAGUCUGCUGUGUAGGGAAAUCUGGAAAAUACCGCUGCUGUUCAAAGGAAGAAAGAUUGGCAUUCCUCUAGUAGGUGCUGCACAUACAUAGAACAAGCUUUAAGCAAGUUUUACACGUUGCAGAAUCAGCAUGUGUCUCCAAUAGUUAAAAAGCCAGAAGCCGUCUCCGCCAGCCAAGAAACCAGCAAAGAUAUUUCACAAUGGAUGCAGACGAUGAAGAAAAUAUGAGUUCGAGCAGCACCGACAUUAAAGAAAACCGCAAUGUGGACAACGUUCCCCCCAAGGACAGUGCCGGGCAGGGGCCUGGCGAGGGGACCCCACUCUCCAACGGCGGUGGCAGCAGCAGCAGGAAGAGACCUUUGGAGGAAGGCAACAAUGGCCAUUCCAGAUUUCGCCCCAAGAAGAGGAAGAAAACGCCCGGCCCUGUUCUGCCAAAGAACGCCCUGAUGCAGCUUAACGAGAUUAAACCUGGUUUACAAUACAAACUCCUCUCCCAGACAGGGCCGGUCCACGCCCCUAUGUUUGUGAUGGCAGUGGAAGUCAAUGGGCAGGUGUUUGAGGGGUCUGGCCCAACAAAAAAGAAAGCCAAGCUUCACGCUGCCGAAAAGGCUCUGCGCUCCUUUGUCCAGUUCCCAAAUGCCUCAGAAGCCCACCUGGCCAUGGGCAGGACUCUGUCGGUCAACACGGACUUCACAUCUGACCAAGCAGACUUCCCCGACACCCUUUUCAAUGGGUUUGAGACGCCAGUCCCUUCUGACGCUUCCUUUUACCUGGGCUCCAACGGGGACGGCUCCUUCGGCUCCAGCGGGGACUACGGCUUGCCGUCGUCUGCCGUAGCCAGCAGCCUUUCCCAGUCGCCUCUCCCCCCGCCCUCACCCUACCCCAUGGCCAGCGGGAAGAACCCCGUCAUGAUCCUCAACGAGCUGCGCCCGGGGCUGAAGUACGAGUUCCUCUCGGAGAGCGGAGAGAGCCACGCCAAGAACUUUGUCAUGGCUGUGGCGGUGGACGGUCAGACUUUCGAAGGCUCAGGAAGGAAUAAAAAGCUGGCAAAAGCUCGGGCUGCUCAGUCAGCCCUGGCAUCCCUGUUUAACAUGCAGCUGGACCAGACUCCAUCUCGCCAGCCCAUUCCCAGUGAGGGGCUCCAGUUACACUUGCCACAGGUGUUAGCUGAUGCUGUUGCACGCUUGGUUGUAGAUAAAUUCAGUGAUUUGACAGAAAAUUUCUCAUCUCCACAUGCACGUCGAAAAGUCCUUGCUGGAAUUGUCAUGACAACAGGUACAGAUGUGAAAGAUGCCCUGGUAAUAAGUGUUUCUACAGGAACAAAAUGCAUUAAUGGUGAAUACAUGAGUGAUCGUGGUCUUGCACUAAAUGAUUGCCACGCAGAAAUUAUAGCUCGACGGUGUCUGCUGAAAUUUCUGUACACACAGCUUGAGCUUUACCUAAGCAAUAAAGAAGAUCAGCAAAAAUCCAUUUUCAUCAGAUCAGAGCAAGGCGGGUUUAAGCUGAAGGAGAAUGUGCAGUUCCAUCUCUAUAUCAGCACAUCUCCUUGUGGUGAUGCUCGGAUUUUCUCACCCCAUGAAGCAGCACAAGAGGACCAAGGGGACAGACAUCCCAACCGCAAAGCCAGAGGACAGCUACGGACAAAAAUCGAGUCUGGGGAAGGGACCAUCCCUGUGCGCUCCACUACCACCAUCCAGACGUGGGAUGGGGUAUUGCAAGGAGAGAGGCUGCUGACCAUGUCUUGCAGUGACAAGAUAGCCAGGUGGAACGUAUUGGGUAUUCAAGGAGCCUUACUUAGCCUCUUUGUGGAGCCAAUUUACUUCUCUAGCAUCAUCUUGGGGAGUUUAUAUCAUGGGGAUCAUCUAUCCAGAGCCGUAUACCAGAGGAUAGCAGAGAUAGAAGAUCUACCACCUCUUUAUACACUCAACAGACCUUUACUUAGUGGUAUCAGCAAUGCAGAAGCCCGUCAGCCAGGGAAAGCCCCGAACUUCAGUGUGAACUGGACAGUAGGAGACUCUGGUCUGGAAGUCAUUAAUGCUACAACUGGCAAGGAUGAGAUGGGCCGUGCGUCGCGCCUCUGCAAGCAUGCGUUCUACAGCCGCUGGAUGCGCAUCCAUGCUAAGCUUUCCUCCAGCUUGCGCUCAAAGAUCCUCAAGCCCAACCUGUACCACGACACCAAGCAAGGAGCCACUGAGUAUCAAACUGCUAAAGAGUGUUUGUUUAAAGCAUUCCUGAAGGCAGGACUUGGAGCCUGGGUGGAGAAGCCCAUAGAACAGGAUCAGUUUUCUCUCACAAUCUAAUUCACAAACUGCACAUCACUUUGGAAAGGAAGUUGUUCUGGAGAUUCCUGGUGUCCAGCAUUGCUUUCUGGCAUCUCCACAGCCGUCAAAACAUCUUUCUGCUCUUCGGAGUUGAGUUUCUUUGGGUUUUUUUUGAAACUUCACAGUAGCUGUUUCUGUUUUGCCUAAGUAUUGAAACUCAAUGAUGAUCCAACACAUAAUUGUAUAUUUUGUUAUAAGAAAGUAAUUUCUGGUGUAUUUCUAGAAAUACUUCUACUGUAGAAAACUUGCAGUAAGGCUGUCCUUACUGUAUGCAAUGACUCAUUUUUUCUGGGUUAAAAUAAUUUCUUUUUUAAUUCAAUGUCAUCAAGUGCAUGAAGAAAUUAAUAGUUUCUCUAGGUUUUACACCACACUUUUAGGAAGUAGCUUAAUUUUUAAAAAAGAAAAUAGGCAACAAAGCUGAUUCUACUCCUCUGUUAACUUGUUUUUCAACUGCAGAUAUUUUUAGUACAUAGACCACAGAGCCAGAAUGGAGUCUGGACAGCUAGUUUUUUCCCAAUUCCUUUCUCUUUAAAACCAGCUGCUGAAAAUUUCAUGUCUUUGAUGUAUGUAUUUAUUAGUCUGUGAGCCAGUUUUUAACAUGCAGCUUUUUAUUCUGUUUUUAAAAAUACAUUUACCUCCCAUUUA